AGUACGUCUAAUUCGAACGGCGAAAAUGGCGCAUUUCCAUGACCAGUCGUUUCGAGCCAAGAGAAGGAGGCUGGAUACGGACAACGCACGAUCCGGCGACGGAAAUGUGGCUAUAACGUCACCUACGCAGCUGCGCGAUCUUCUGGUUUUUCGCCAGGACGCCGUACAGGCAAAGCUAGGAGUAAAUAAAUUCAAGGAAUUCUUGCAGUCAAUCGGCCAGGCCGAAGAGGAAAAUAUCAAGUCGCAGAAACUGCGUAUUCUCAAAACAUAUUGUGAUUCGCAAAUUUCUAAGAAUGAUAACAGCGAGAAUGAAACCGCUGUUUGUUUUUCGGAUUUGAUCCAGACAUGGAGCUUUGCUGAUGGCAAUGGAGAUGAAUCUCUUCUGACGAUUGUGCCAUCUGUUUUGGCUCUUUUCCUGAAGACAGCAUCCAGCCAGUUGGAUUUUCAGGAAUUCGGACUGGCACUGUCCAAAUUCCUCCUACAGAAGGAACAGUUGCGUCUUUUUAAUCGCGGUCUGACUGCCACCAAGGCAAAGGAGCAUCUUAUUUCUCCUUGUCUUCGUCUGCUGACGGAAAUCGUCAGUUUUGAUGGCGGAGCGGUGGCGAGGUUGGUUUAUUCGGCGCGCCAUAUCACGUACAAGCGUCUUGAUGUCUUUCUUACACCCAACAAGGCACAGCUCGAAAGUUCUUCUGAUGGGCAUCAGUCAUCAACGCUUAGACGGAAUGCUCAAAGAUAUGUCCUAGCGAACCUAAGAUUUCAGUCUUCUGCUCCCAAGACCGACAUUAUUGAACAGCAGAAGACCAUCAGAGCGUUCCUUGAGCACGUGCGGAAAGAUCCGCGAGAUAUGGUUCUCGAUAUCAUCAGGAGUAUCGAUAGGGAUGUUGUUGAGGACGCUGAUCUUUCUCGAAAUACGAAGACUAAAUUUUUCAGUCGCUGGAAUCUGGAAAGACUUGUAACACUCUACGGAUAUGACCGGGAAUCGGAUGAGCCGAACCCCAGUGGUGUAUCCAUUGCAAAUGAGGUGCAUAAAAUUCUCAUGAACAUCUGCCUAAAUACGGGACUGGGGGUCCUACUUCCGGAAACGGGUUGGUAUCCAAUUGGCAGCGACCCUGAAUCUUUUUUGACCGAAGAUGAUACGUGCAUCGAGCUGGGACUCGACUCCGCGGUCUACGUUGACAAAUACAGAGAGUCGGUGCCUGUUCGAAAUGGUACACUGUCGUAUCUUGCCCAAGUCCUCCGUCCAGAUAUAGACAGUCUUCAAAUUGAGUUACUUCUGGCAAUCUUCAAGGCAGCUCCAGAACUUGUUGCCGACUUCUUUACAAAGAAGACCAUGUUCGUGUCAGAUCCAAAACCGACGGCUUCUUGGAUGGCAGAGUCUGCCUUUCUGUUCUCGACUAUUCGAUUACCUGUCCCUACCAACUGUGGCUGGAAGGAGAAGGUUCCUGCUAUGCCGCCACCUGUCUCAGUGGUUAUAGAGAGCAUUCUGCCACGUCCAUUGACACAAAAGAUCCUAAGUCGAUGUAUAAACCAGAAUGCCGAAAUAGUUACUUUGUUUGCCGUCCGAGUUUUGACAGUAGCCUUCAAGAAGCUAAAGGCAGUACUAAGAAUUUUCAACACUGACCACGGCACUGGACAGCCGUUUUGGGAGCAGGCUGCGUCGAAACUGGUUGCCGAAUUUUGUCGCCGAUGCCCGGCCAUGAAGGAUGUGACCCUCCUGUUCCGAAGAACUGCGAAAGAGGACCUGCAGCAACAAGAGGCCGUUUCGGAGUUACUAGCUUGCUUUUAUGAGGAGAUACCUGAUAUUGCUUUUGAGGAGACCUUUGAUGUUUCUUUGGUUUUGGUGGACAUUUUGAAGCGAUUGGAUACGCCGGAUCUUAAUACCGAUGACUCUGAAAUGCUUCUGAGCCAGCUGAGAAACAUUCUUAGGAUAGCGCAACUGUCAGCAUCAAUCCGUUGGUGGCAACAGCCUGCGUCGAUGCAAUACUCGGCAUUUACUUCCAUUUUGAAGGUUCUCGUUGAAGCAGCAGACAAAGAUUCCUCGCACCAAAUAUAUGAUCUAUUGAGAGCCGUAUUAGUCGAGAAUUCAGUCUUAAAAAACUCUGCUUCAUCGUUUGCCGCGUUAACUUCAAGUCUAGAGGCUUCUGCAUCGGAACUGCUUGAUAAUUCCUUGUCGUUCUUGGAUAACUGCAUUUGCCGGGUAGCAAAGAAGCCUGUCCACUACCAGGACAUGGUUGCGUCUUUGUUUGAAAACACAUCGGGCCCUGUCAGCCUGUUAAUUGCCACCAUAGUUGAACAAUGGCCGUUCGUGGUUAAAAACAAGGAUACAGAGGCUACAGCUGGCAUCGCGACGUGGAUUGCAAAAUUCUCCAGGGAGCUGAAACAGGCGGGUGAGGAUUCCAACGCGCUUAGAAUGGCUCUGGAUAAGAUACUUGAGGCUACUGGGAAUAAGAAAGCCAGGUCUCCCUUGAAGAAGGCUUUGAAAGAAAUCUCUAAGACUGAAGAGGAUCAUGACAGCGAUGAUAGCAGCAACAACGGACAGCGUGGUUCCAUUCAGAAAACUUCACCAACCUUGGGGGACAACGUACAGUCAGUCGACCUAAUCGAGAUAUUUGGCAGCCUGCCUACCGAGGGUAAAACCCAUCAUGAGCUGCAGAGAUGGGAAAAGGAAGAGCUAGUUGUCGCGGUAGAGGAAGGCCAUGCAGCCGCGUUGAUACUUUGCUUGUGUUCAGAAUAUGAAGAAGUGAGGAGGCAGGCAUUCAUGAAUCUCUCUCGCUUCAUGUUGAAGAUCAAAGACUCCAAAUACACUGAAUGGCGGGCAGUAUACCUCCUUAUGGGGGAAUUACUGGAAACCGUGACCCGCCUUGGUCUCGAAACUCCCGUGCCUUGGAUAGUAGGAGAAUGUGCUUCGAGUUGCCUUAAGGUAUUAACAAAUCCACUUCAUAAACUCUACGGCAAGGUCAGCAGGUUCCUUCAAAAGUCGCCUUCUUGGGAAGUGGAGAAAAUCCCGUCGUACUGGAUCGACAAGAUUCUGUUGCACGAACCCGAGAUAUACGACGGCUACUUCGAGGAAAUCAGUUGGUUGCUAGAUCUGUUCAUCCGGGCCCUUCGGACUAAAACUGAUAUGGACAUUUACCGUCGUGCAAAUGUUUUCGAACGUGUUCUCUCUUUUUACGCGUCUCCAACAGCCGGGGUAUCUUCGAAGAGAAAGAUAUUACACCUCAUCUAUCGCUCCACGCAAGUUGGUGGAAGCACAACAUUGGUCACCAGGGCGGCUAUCAUCAGCUGGAUUCAAAGUCAGAUUGUUGUGUUGAACACAAAAGAUGCAUCCACUAUCACGGCAUUAGCGCAUGCAGUGUACGAUUCUUCCGAGAAGGAACGAGUCGACACUUGGAGCGGCGGGGCGUUGUCACAAGUCGUGGAGAAUAUUGGGACAUAAGAUGGUGUUUAUUUAUAUCCUUACGCAGCACAUAGAUUAAUUCGAUCGAUUUGGGUCUGGAUCCGGAUCCGAAGCUCGUCAUGUUGUAGCUCUAGUAGAUGUAUAGUCAACUUCAUAUUUGCAUCCCUGUUGCCAGUGAGGCUGUCGUCGACUAUCUAAGGGGUUCUGUAUUCUAAUGUCUAUUUAUUACAUGUUAAUGAAG